AGACCGCUGCAGGCACUACAUGAUUCAGAUGCAGCCUAAUGUACGCUAUGUGAUCCUGGGUGAGGACCGGGCGCACACCUCACUCACCGAACUGGUUGAGUACCACCAGACGGUGGGCAUCAAGCCCUUCAUGGAGACACUGACUGUUCCCUGCAAGCAGAAAAGUGAGAGUUUGGAUUGCAAAGAUCUGGAGGGCCUCACAUUGGAUCCGCCAGCAGCCAAGAGGGAUGCCUCUCCAGAGGAGCAGCCCUACUCCUCCAUGCCUUCCGCCUGCAAGCCUGCUGUGCAGUCAGGAGCAAUCAAAGCUCUCAAAAAUGUGUGGCUGAGGAGGAGCAAGAAUUUACAAAAUGAACAGAGCCUUAACCAAAAUAAUGAGAAGACAAGCUCAGGCAAGAAGAGAGGCAGACAACAAGCCUUCCCGUGCCUCCACAUGUCCAUACGCCAGGCAAUGCAGGAAAUCCAGCAGCUCCCUUCUGCUCCCUGGAAGACCUCUGCACAGAGCCGCUGCCAGCCUGCCAGCACUGACAAUGCAGAGCCUCAGUGACAUGGUAAGAGGAGACAGCACACAGCAGGGCAGACAGCAAUUGCAGAUUCCCCAGAAAAUGGAGGACCAUAGCGAGUCUUCCAUUCCUGCUCCACC